AGUGGAGGCAGGUCCAGGCGCAGCUCUGACUGGGGCAGGUCGGCGGCGGUUGCCGCGGUGGUGACCAAGAGAGUGGCCGGGCCCCUACGACCCGGGGCGGAGCUCUGCGAUCCAAGUGCUCGGCUCCCCAAGCGAGGUGGGCGGGCGGCUCGGGACCCUGGCCAGGGCCGGGAUGGAGCGGUGGCGUGACCGGCCGGCACUGGUGACGGGAGCCUCGGGGGGCGUCGGCGCGGCCGUGGCCCGAGCCCUGGUCCAGCAGGGACUGAAGGUGGUGGGUUGUGCCCGCACCGUGGGCAACAUCGAGGAGCUGGCUGCCGAAUGUAAGAGUGCAGGCUACCCCGGGACUUUGACGCCCUACAGAUGUGACCUGUCAAAUGAGGAGGACAUCCUCUCCAUGUUCUCGGCGGUCCGCUCUCAGCACAGCGGUGUGGACAUCUGUAUCAACAACGCUGGCUUGGCCCGGCCUGACACCCUGCUCUCAGGCAGCACCAGCGGUUGGAAGGACAUGUUCAAUGUGAACGUGCUGGCCCUCAGCAUCUGCACGCGGGAAGCCUACCAGUCCAUGAGGGAGCGGAAGGUGGAUGACGGGCACAUCAUUAACAUCAACAGCAUGUCUGGCCACCAAGUGCCACCCCAGUCCGUGGCCCAUUUCUACAGUGCUACCAAGUACGCCGUCACUGCGCUGACAGAGGGGCUGAGGCAAGAGCUUCGGGAGGCCCAGACCCACAUCCGAGCCACGUGCAUCUCUCCAGGAGUGGUGGAGACACAAUUCGCCUUCAAACUCCAUGACAAGGACCCUGAGAAGGCAGCUGCCACCUAUGAACACAUGAAGUGUCUCAAACCUGAGGAUGUGGCCAACGCUGUCAUCUAUGUCCUCAGCACCCCGCCACACGUCCAGGUGAGUCUGGCCUUGGAUGUCCAUCCCCUGGAGGAGCCCAACCGUCCCCAGAGGAGAAGAGCAGGGAGGCUUUAAGGGUGUGGGGAGAGCAUCCUGGCUUCCUCAAGCCUCGUGCCUUCUGCAGAUCGGAGACAUCCAGAUGAGGCCCACGGAGCAGGUGACCUAGUUUCCUGUGGGGAGCUCCAACUUCCCUCCCUGCCCCUCAAGCCUUGGCACCUGCCUCUGGAUUCGGGGUGUUGAUUUCUGGACCCUUGGAUUCCACUUCCUUUCCCCACCCCCAGCAGGGGCUAGAAAACUUGUUUGAGGUUUCAUAUAAUCUUGUCGAACUGUUUCCUGAAUUUGAAAAAUGGGCAGAGGGGAGAGGAGGUGGUGUCCCUGAUUGUUUUCCCUGCUGAUUCAUUCUUGGUCUCUGUCUUGGGCUCCUUGGCCUUUGUUUGCUGUCUUUGGUCUCUUCCCUUUGACCUGGGAAAGGGACUGUGGCCAAAAGUGGGGCUUUCCCCUAUCUUCUUGCACCCCACCCCCAUCCCUUCGGGAUGAGGCGGCAGAGGGAAGCCCUCACCUUCCAUCUGAAUGGCUUUCGGGGCUCUGGGCUUCCUCCUUUCCCUGCAUCCCACCCCCUACCCCAUCUAUUCCCCGUCCCAGUUCUCCAGCCCCACUGUGGCUUCUCAGCCCCCGGUGGGGUCCUCACUCCACUCUAUGGUAGCAGAGUACAAGGGCCUGCCUCCCAUGUGGGUUUCACUGUGAUCAUUAAAAAAGAAAAACUGCGACAACCU